AAUUUCUUCGAAGCAUAAAAGAAAAAGGAAAUCAUAUUUUUUUCAUUGGGAAUUCAGAGAGAAAAAAGCUUCUUUUUUGAAUUUUUUUUCUUGGUGUUAAAGAUUGAGCUCGCUCUUCGAUGCGAUCAAUGGUGUGUUCUGGUGAGAGAGAGAUGGCGACGGGACCCCAGAGAUCAAAACCUCUUCACAAUUUCGACCUUCCCUGUUUGAAGUGGGGGAAUCGGAGACAUCUCCGGUGUAUGAAACUCGACGAUGUUUCAAACGCCACCAACUCAUCCGCCGCUGUUGCUGAUCAAUACCAGCAUUGUCGUCUUCGUGUCGUUCAAAGGCGCCGAUCUCCCCCUUCGAAGCUUGAGAGUUUGGUGGUUGGUGGAAUGCGGCGGCGCGAAUCGGAGUCGUCGUCAUCUCCCAGCAGAAAGAACACCGAUUGUGCGAGAGAACAGCGGUUGAUGAUACCGAAGGGAGAGGCGGCGGCGGCGGGGAUCGAGGCUGUUAGGGAGAAGAUCAUGAAGGAUCUUAAAACGGCGGCAGAUGAGAUCAAAGGUGCAAUUUUUAGAGACGAAGUGUCCGACGACGCGAACGACGACGACGAUGAAUUCGAAGAGCCUAAAAUUAAGCAGAAAGUAAAAGAGAAAGAGAGGGAAGAAUCGCCUGCGGUAGAGGUGGAGCCGAAGCCGUGGAAUCUCAGGACAAGGCGUGCCGCGUGUAAGGCUCCCAAUGACGGAGAAGUAACUAACACCAAUUAUAGCUCUCCGAUGAUGAAUGAGGUGUCUAAGUCACCCAGAGCAAGAGACAAGGGACCGUCGUUGGCAUCGGCGCCGCCCGCAGCCGAUAGGAAAAGAUCCCGUCCAAAAUUUUCGGUGUCGCUAUCAAAGGAGGAGAUCGAAGAGGAUUUCAAGGCCAUGGUUGGCCACCGCCCUCCUAGAAGGCCAAAGAAACGAACACGUAACGUUCAGAAGCAAUUGGAUUACUUGUUUCCUGGAUUGUGGCUGACGGAGGUAACGGUGGAUUCUUACAAGGUCCCGGAGUUGGCUGAAAACGGCAAGAGGUAGUAAGGGGAGUUUCAACUUGUAACAAGGUC